AUGGGGGCCCGCGGCGGCGCGGGGGGGCCCGGCUACGACGAGGCUCUGCUGCACAAGACCAUCCUGGUUGGGGACAGCGGCGUGGGCAAGACGUCCCUGCUCGUCCAGUUUGACCAGGGCAAGUUUCUUCCAGGCUCCUUCUCCGCCACUGUGGGCAUCGGAUUUACGGUGAUGUUACUGGGAGACUCGGGCGUGGGCAAGACCUGCCUCCUGACCCGCUUCAAGGACGGGGCCUUCCUCUCCGGGACCUUCAUAGCCACCGUGGGCAUAGAUUUCCGGAACAAAGUGGUGGCCGUGGACGGGGUGAAGGUGAAGCUGCAGAUCUGGGACACGGCGGGCCAGGAGCGCUUCCGCAGCGUCACCCACGCCUACUACCGGGAUGCCCAAGCCCUGCUCCUGCUCUACGACAUCACCAGCAAGCUCUCCUUCGACAACAUCCGCGCCUGGCUCACCGAGAUCCACGAGUACGCGCAGAAGGACGUGGUCAUCAUGCUGCUGGGCAAUAAGGCCGACGUGAGCGGUGAGAGGGCUGUGAGGACAGAGGACGGAGCAUCACUGGCCAGGGAAUACGGGGUGCCCUUCCUGGAGACCAGCGCCAAGACGGGCAUGAAUGUGGAGCUGGCGUUUCUGGCCGUGGCCAGGGAGCUCAAGCAGCGAGCGGCGCAGCAGGAGGAGCAGCCCCGCUUCCACAUCCAUGACUACGUGGAGGCGCAGAAGGAGACAUCCGGCUGCUGCGCCUUCGCCUGAGCGCACGUGCCGGCGGCACGAGGACGGAGCGGGGCCCGGGAGCAGCCGGAGCAGCGGCCAGAGCCUGCCCGGGAGUCCCAGCAUCAUCCAGAGGCUCCAAGGCGGGGGCGGUUGGAUGGACACAGCUGCACCGGCCCUGAUCGAGCCCUGCUUGGUCCUUUCCCACCCCACCGUUGCCUUCUCCAGCAUCGGAGGCAGGCCGGGGGCCCUCACGCCCGGCUCCUCUUGCACAGGGCUGGUUUUGGUGGAUUUUCUGGACAGGACGUGGGUGAGGCUGCAGGUCAUCUGUGCACAUGGAUGCUCAGGCGCUCCCGAGCAGCCGCUCGCUGCGUCCCCUCUUGUGGCCACGUUGCUCUCCCGUCUCCGUGUCCCCUGCACCAAGCCCUGCUCAGGUCCUCCCUGCGGCUUUGCCCAAAGCAGCAUCUUGCCCUUAACGGCCUAGGAGGAGCAGGAGCUCCCUGUUCCCAGGGUGUUCCCUGAGCUACCUCAUCCCUCUGGUCCCCAACACGCUCCUUCUGGAGACAGUGGGGAGCUGCUGAUUCCUGCUGCAGCUCAGUGGUUUGGGACCCCGUCACGGUGGUACCAGGAGACUGUACAAAUCCCCAGCCCAAAGCCUCAGUUGAGGUUUUCUCCUGCUGCUGUGCAUGCAAUGCAAAUAUUUCCUCCUGCCCCUGGCAAAUAGCAGAUUAAACCCACUCGGUAGCGAGCGGAUGCCUGGGAUGCUUCAGCCGUCGCACGCGGAUGCCGGCCUCGUGGGAGCCGGAGCAGCCGGUGCGAGGAAGUGCGGGAUCCGGACACGGGGCACGGACACGGAUCACACAGCCCCUCCGGAGCCUCCGUGCCCCUUUCCU